AAUGGAAUCUAGUUCAUCAGACUACUAUAAUAAAGACAAUGAAGAGGAAAGCCUCCUUGCAAAUGUUGCUUGCUUAAGGCAUGAGCUCAAAAUUACAGAAUGGAAUUUGCAGAGUUUAGGGGAGGAGUUAUCCAGUGUUAGUCCAAGUGAAAUUUCUGACAAUAUCUCUGAUCCCUCAAGAUGUGAAAGGUUCAUUUUGGAAGAUCUUGUUCAACCUGGCCACUCUGAACUUGCAAAAUACUCACCUUUCAAAAAAGUUUGUAAAAUGGCUAGUAGCAAUACUGAUUUUCAAAAAAAGCCAAGAGAUAAGACUCCUUUUUCAGCUUCUAGUUCUGUGGAUCAGGAGAUUAAAAGCCUUCGAGAGAAACUUAAUAAACUCAGGCAACAAAAUGCUUGUUUGGUCACACAGAAUCAUUCUUUAAUGACUAAAAUAGAAUCUGUUCACUUUGAAUUAACACAGUCAAAAGCAAAAGUUUCCAGGCUUGAGUCUGUUGAACAACAGGCAGCCAAUGUUCCAAUCUUAGAAGAACAAAUUAUAAAUUUGGAAGCAGAAGUUUCAGCCCAAGAUAAAGUUUUAAGAGAGGCAGAGAAUAAAUUAGAACAGAGUCAAAAAAUGGUGAUUGAAAAGGAACAGAGUUUACAGCAGUGCAAAGAGGAAUGUAUAAAGUUGAAGGUGGACUUACUUGAACAAACUAAACAAGGAAAAAGAGCUGAACGGCAGAGAAAUGAAGCACUAAAUAAUGCUGAAGAACUGAGUAAAGCUUUCCAACAAUAUAAAGAAAAAGUUGCUGAAAAACUGGAAAAGGUUCAAGCUGAGGAAGAAGUCUUAGAGAAAAACCUGAUUAACUGUGAGAAAGAAAAUAAAAGGCUGCAAGAAAAAUGUGGUUUAUAUAAAAGUGAACUUGAAAUUCUGAAAGAGAAAUUAAGGCAGUUAAAAGAAGAUAAUAACAGUGGGAAAGAAAAAUUAAGACUUAUGGCAGUGAAGAAUUCAGAAGUCAUGGCACAACUAACUGAAUCAAGACAAAGUGUUUUAAAGUUAGAGAGUGAAUUAGAGAACAAAGAUGAAAUACUUAGAGAAAAAUUUUCUCUAGCGAAUGAAAACCGAGAAUUAAAGGUCCGCAUUGCAACACAGAAUGAGCGAUUGGAUUUGUGUCAGCAGGAAAUUGAAAGUUCAAGGAUAGAGCUGAGUAGUUUAGAAAAGCUGAUAUCCCAAUUGCCAUUGAAAAGAGAAAUAUUUAGUUUUAAAUCAUCUCUUCCAAAACACCAGACAAGUAGUUUAUCAAGCAAGGAAGACAGUUGCGUUGGCUGCUGUGAGGCAAAUAAGUUGGUGAUUUCGGAGUUAAGGAUUAAGCUUGCAAUAAAAGAGGCGGAAAUUCAAAAACUUCAUGCAAACCUGAGUGCAAAUCAUUUAUCUUUGAAUCUCACUGCUGGUGACAGUCAAGAAACUGGUAAAUUAAAUCAUUUAGAAGCAGAACCUGUAAAGUUAGGGGGUAAUAAAAUAGAAAGUAUAAGAAAUAAAAGUCAGCAUACUGCAAACAAACAAUAUGAAAGAGAAAAGCAAAGACUUGCUUCUGGAAUAGAAGAGCUACGUGCCAAGCUGAUGCUAAUUGAAGCUGAGAAUUCUGAUUUGAAGGUUAACAUGGCUCACAGAACUAGUCAGUUCCAGUUAAUUCAAGAGGAGCUGCUGGAGAAAGCUUCGAACUCUAGCAAGCUAGAAAGUGAAAUGACAAAGAAGUGCUCUCAACUAAUAACUCUAGAGAAACAACUGGAAGAAAAAAUAGUUGCUUAUUCCUCUAUUGCUGCCAAAAAUGCAGAACUAGAACAGGAACUUACGGAAAAGAAUGAAAAAAUAAGAAGUCUGGAAACCAAUAUCAAUACGGAGCAUGAGAAAAUUUGUUUAGCUUUUGAAAAAGCGAAGAAAAUUCAUCUUGAACAACAUAAAGAAAUGGAAAAGCAAAUUGAAAGACUUGAAGCUCAACUAGUGAAAAAAGACCAGCAAUUUAAAGAACAGGAAAAGACUAUGUCCAUGUUGCAGCAAGAUAUAAUAUGCAAACAGCAUCACCUUGAGUCUCUGGAUAGACUCUUGACAGAAAGCAAAGGGGAAAUGGAAAAGGAAAAUGUGAAGAAAGAUGAAGCUUUGAAAGCAUUACAGAACCAAGUAUCUGAAGAAACAAUCAAGGUCAGACAGCUUGAUUCGGCAUUAGAAAUUUGUAAGGAAGAACUUGCCUUGCAUUUGAAUCAGUUGGAAGGAAAUAAGGAAAAAUUUGAAAAACAGCUAAAGAAGAAAUCUGAAGAGGUAUAUUGUUUGCAAAAAGAGCUAAAGAUAAAAAAUCACAGUCUUCAAGAAACGUUGGAGCAAAAUGUUAUCCUGCAACAUACUCUUCAGCAGCAGCAGCAAAUGUUGCAACAAGAGACAAUUAGAAAUGGAGAGUUAGAAGAUAUUCAGACUAAACUUGAGAAACAGGUAUCAAAACUGGAACAAGAACUUCAGAAACAAAGGGAAAGUUCAGCUGAAAAAUUGAGAAAAAUGGAGGAAAAAUGUGAAGCAGCCACACAUGAAGCAGAUCUGAACAGGCAGAAAGUUAUUGAGCUUACUGGUACUGCCAGGCAAGUAAAACUUGAGACAGAUCAGUACAAAGAAGAGUUAUCCAAAAUGGAAAAAGAAAUAAUGUACUUAAAACGAGAUGGAGAAACUAAAACAAUGCAUCUUUCUCAAUUAGAUAUGAUCUUAGAUCAGACAAAGAUAGAGCUGGAGAAGAAAGCAAACACUGCGAAGGAGUUGGAAAAAUUACAGCACCACACUGAGUCUGAACUAACAGAAGCCUUGCAGAAACAGGAAGUGCUUGAGACUGAACUACAAAAUGCUCAUGGAGAAUUGAAAAGUACUUUAAGACAGCUGCAGGAAUUGAGAGAUGUGCUACAAAAGGCUCAGUUAUCACUAGAGGAAAAAUACAGUACUAUAAAGGAUCUUACAUCUGAAAUUAGAGAAUGCAAGAUGGAAAUUGAAGACAAAAAGCAAGAACUUCUUGAAAUGGAUCAGGCUCUUAAGGAGAGAAAUUGGGAGUUAAAGCAAAGAGCAGCACAGGUUACACAUUUGGAUAUGACUAUUCGAGAGCACCGAGGAGAAAUGGAACAAAAAAUAAUCAAAUUAGAGGGUACUCUGGAGAAAUCAGAAUUGGAACUUCAAGAACGCAACAGACAGAUAGAAAAUUUGAAUGAAAAAUUGCGAAAUGCCAAAGAACAACUUCGAGAAAAAGAGUUUAUAAUGCUACAGAAUGAGCAAGAGAUAAGUCAACAGAAAAAAGAAACUGAAAGAAUGCAACAAAGGUUGAAAGAAAUGGAAAGUGUUAUGAAAGAGCAAGAACAGUACAUUGCCAGUCAGUACAAGGAGGCUAUAGAUAUGGGGCAAGAACUGAGGCUCACCCGGGAACAGAUGCAGAACUCUCACACGGAACUGGUGGAGGCCCGUCAUCAGCAAGUCCAAGCACAGAGAGAAAUAGAAAGGUUGUCCAGUGAAUUGGAAGAUAUAAAGCAACUCUCUAAAGAAAAGGAAGCACAUGGAAAUCAUUUAGCUGAAGAACUGGGUGCAUCUCAAGUACGUGAAGCUCAUUUAGAAGCAAGAAUGCAAGCAGAAAUCAAGAAAUUAUCAGCAGAAGUAGAAUCUUUAAAAGAAGCUUAUCAUAUGGAGAUGGUAUCACAUCAAGAGAACCAUGCAAAAUGGAAGAUUUCUGCUGACUCUCAAAAGACUUCUGUUCAGCAACUAAAUGAACAGUUAGAGAAGGCAAAGUUAGAAUUAGAAGAAGCUCAGGACACUGUAACCAAUUUGCAUCAGCAAGUUCAAGACAGGAACGAAGUAAUUGAAGCUACAAAUGAAGCAUUACUUAUUAAAGAAUCAGAAUUAACCAGAUUACAAGCCAAAAUUUCUGGAAAUGGAAGAACAGAAAACAUCAGGUUUCUGUCAGUCCCAUUUGCAUCUACAACAGAUGUUGCAUCUGGUAAUGAAGAUCCACACUUUGCUAAAUCUGCUCACGCCUCUUUUCUCAAGUGUAGAAAGCUCCGUCGCUCUAUCAGUGCCAGUGACCUCAGUCUCAGAAGUCAUGGUAAUGAAGAUCUUUCUGAAGAACUACUGCAGGACUUAAAGAAAAUGCAGUCAGCACAGCCGUCAGCGUUAGAAGAGAGCCAGAAGGAUCUGAUAUAUGCCCCCACAGAGUCAUUUAAACCUCUCACGUUUAACCUGGAAGAUGAUAGUUCUGAGAAUAAUGACUUUAAUACUCUUAGUGGAAUGCUAAGAUACAUAAACAAAGAAGUGAGACUAUUGAAAAAGUCUUCCAUGCAAACAGGUGCUGGUUUAACUCAGGGAGAAAAUUUAUAAUGAAAGAGAAGAUGCUGAUGUGAUGGAGAAUGGAAUUUUUGGUAAUAUGCUGCAUUUAUUUAUUUUUGUAGCUCAUACAUC